UCUGAUGCUGCCCGUGAGCAAUCUCCCAACUCAUCUCUGGUACUAUUUCAACGAUUACAACUGGCUGGAUCAGGUUUCUAUGUAGCCAAUCAGUAAUGAAGCAGAAAGUUAUGCCUUUGACGCGCAUGUUUGUACCUAGGUGACAGCGAAAAAGAGCAAUGGAUGAAAAACAGAUAACGAAUGAAAUUGACGUGGCUAAACUGGACACGGCAUUGCGAAAGAUGAUGCACGAACUACAAUGGAAAACGAAGGCACUGGAAGAAAUGCAAAACGAAUUGACGAAAACGCGCCAGUCGGUGUACUGUUUGCAAACCACCAUCGAGGACAAGUGCAGAGACUUAAUGGAUAAGGAAAUUAAAUUAAAAUCGGUUAUGGAACUUACAAAUCAGUUAGGAGAAGAAAACAGAAGAUGUCAAAAUGAGAAAACAGAAUUACAGAUAAAGUGUGACAGAGCUUUACGAGAGCAAGUCAUGUUGCUCAAUCAGGCCAGAAUCGCUAACAUGGAAAAUAUUGAAUUGAAGCAGAAGUUGCAAAAUCUAGAAAUGGAUGUAGAUAAUAAAGGAGCCGUCAUGAAAGAUCUUGUACAGUCACUGCACGAAGUUGAAAAAGCUUCAAAUAAUAUACAUGCAGCUAUAGAAAUUAAAUUUCUUAAGUUAGAGAGAGAACAUAAGGAACUUCGUAAAACUUGUGCUGCGAUAAAAGAAACGAACAAUCGCUUGCAAGCAUUGGGUCUAAGCACCCAUGCUAUUCAUCAGAAAGACAAAGCAAAUAUAGAAGAAUUACACAAGAAGCUAAGUAAGUUGGAAGCCGAAUCACGGAUCAAUUCAAUAAAUGUUGAAGAGCAGAGCGUUAUUUCGACUAUGAAGAAGAAUGCAGCAGAGUUUAAGGUACAAUUAGAAAACAGCAAAGAAGUUGAUAAGAAAUUAAAUGAUAUGUUUGAGGAGUUAAAAAACCUGAAGCCAUAUACAUUUUAAAAUGAAUGACAUUCACAGGGCGUAACGAAAACUAAACAUGUAUAGCAAAUAGG